GGGGUGUUUGUUAGUGGAGCUUUCGGGGGAGAUGCAAGUUUUGAGGCUUGGCAUGUCUGACAGUUUCGAAAAAAUUUCCGUACAUCCGUUGCGAUACCGACCCAGUACGCUUCUCUUCGGAGUCGUUCCAGGGUCUUUUCAAUUCCCUGGUGCCCUGGGCCUAUAUCAGUGCCCGGGGGAACUGAUAUAG